UAUAUUUUUUAAGUUAGUUAACUCUCUUUACAAGCGGUGACCCCUGUAGUAAUUUAAGACAGUUCUUAUGAUUUUAUUUGUUUGCUUUUAUUGGUAUUGCAAACAGGUUAGAGCAUCCAGAUUGAAUCCAUCUCAGCCUAAAGAGCACCAUGUCUGCAGGGCUACAGAUGCUUGGUACCAUGCUAGGGAUGCUUGGCUGGCUGGGAACCAUUGUGGCCUGCGCUGUUCCACAGUGGCGUGUGACGGCUUUCGUUGGCAGCAACAUCGUGACGGCGCAGGUCGUCUGGGAGGGUUUGUGGAUGACCUGUGUGGUGCAGAGCACUGGCCAAAUGCAGUGCAAGGUCUAUGACUCUAUGCUGGCUUUGCCUGCAGACCUUCAAGCCUCUAGGGCUAUUCUCGUCAUCGCUCCACUGGUCGCUCUGUUGGCCAUACUCGCUAGCGUAGCUGGAGGCGAGUGCACAAAUUGCUUGGAACAAGGCACUGCCAAGGCAAGGGUAGCUACUGCAGCUGGAGUUUUCUUUCUUAUUGCAGGGGUUCUGAGUCUCGUUCCACCCAGCUGGACGGCAAACGCAGUGAUCUCUGACUUCUACAACCCGUUGGUGGCUCAGGCACAAAAGAGGGAGCUGGGGGCGUCCGUCUUCAUAUGCUGGGCGGCUGCAGUGCUGUUGGUGAUCGGAGGAGGACUUCUGUGUACCUCUUGGUCUGGGGGUAAAGGAAAGCAAAAAGGCUUCUACAAACCAGCGUCUCAGACCAGUAGAGAGCGUGCUGCUUAUGUCUGAGUUUGUGAUUUUUGUUUAGCUUUAUCAUGUUUGUUUUAAAUAAGUGUUUUUUUUUAUUUCUGUAAAUAAAACCUGUUUUAAUUACCUUCA